UUCAUUUCUAAACCAAAAUCACUUUUUCUUUUCCCAUUCGUUCUUCAGAUUCUAAAUUCUUUAUACACUUACAUGAAAAAUCUAUGAUAAACCUCACAACAUAAUUCACAUUAAUAAUCAAACACGAAUAACAAAACAAAUUAAAUUAAAUUAUUUCAUUUUUUUUUUCAUUGUUCAUUUCAUAAUUCAUAUUUUUUGAAAUUUUGAUCUUUUUGACCGAAUUGGAUUUCGUUUCCAAUUGGGUUAUCAAAUUUCAUACAAACAAAUCGUGGGUAUGCAACAAAAUUUGAUUUUGUAGCUGUGUCGUUGAAUUUCUUUUUGAAAUUUCCAUUCUAAAAAAUAUAUUUUUUUGUUGAAAUUUUGAUCCUUUUUGAGCGAAUUGGAUUGUUUCUUCAAUUGGGUCAUCGAAUUUCACACGGAAAAAUCGUGGGUAUACGUCAAAAUUUGAUUUUGUAGCUUGUGGUGUUGAAUUUUGUGUGAAAAUGGGGACAUGGGGUGGUGAAAACGAUGGUUUUGAGGUUGAAGGAAUAGAUAUAAACGUUUGUGUUGCCGCCGACGGUGAUUUGUGGGUCAGUGUUGGCUCCGCCGGCGGUCCAAUCGGACAAUUCAGCGUUGAAAGUGAACAUGAUUUGGCUCAUAUGGUUAGUGAUUUCUUAGAGAAUGCUGGAAGUUUUGGUGCUGAGUCUUGGUGUAGCAGUGAUAGUGAUUCUGGUUUCAAUGAUUUUGCUCACCUUGCUGAAAAAAUUCAGAUCUGUAAGCGAUCAAUGACUCAACACGAGAGCGACUUGCUCCCAGUUGUUCAUUCUCUCAUACGAUCGAUGCAGGAGACCAACCUUGAAAUGAUGAAUUCUGGUCCAUGUUAUGCAAACUGUAUCAGGUUUUAUUUGGCGAAGUUGAUGAGACUUUCUGGCUAUGAUGCCGGUGUUUGUACAUCUAAAUGGCAGCCUACUGGCAAGAUCCCUGGAGGUGAUCACGAAUAUAUUGAUGUGCUGGUCGAGAACAACUCUGGGAAAUCAGAGCGAUUGAUUAUUGAUAUCGAUUUUCGAAGUCACUUUGAAAUAGCUAGAGCUGUUGAUUCAUACAACAGGAUACUGAAUUCAAUUCCAGUUGUUUACGUGGGUUCCCCUACUAGGCUGAAACAGUUUCUUGGAAUAAUGGUAGAAGCUACUAGAACUUCUUUGCAACAAAACUCUAUGCCUCUGCCUCCAUGGCGAUCUUUAGCAUACUUACAGGCCAAGUGGCUAUCACCCUAUGAAAGAAUCACACAUUCAGACAGCAACAUUGAUUUUGGCAACGACGACAAGUGCUUCGACCACAAGCAAUGCCACGGACAUUUGAAGAAGUUGCAAUCUUGUCUUCAGACCGGAAUGGAAGUUGAGCGAAUGUUGAAGGCUCGAAACAUGGAAAGUAACCGGAGGAUAAAACCUGACAGAUGGAGACACUCGUUGCUCCGGCCUAUUUGACAUAUGUACAGAUUUUGGCUCUGAAGUUUCAAUCGAGCGAGUGAAUAAAUAUAAUAUACAAAAUUUUGCGGCUUUUAUUCCCCCUCGAUGGAACUUUUCAUACUAAUAAGAAGCCUUAGCAGCAGAAUAAGGCAAUUUUGGUUAUACAUCUGUUAUUUGUUUUUUAUCGAUGUUUGAGGUGUCACACUUGCGGAAUCUUAAGUUUUUUUGGUACCCAGAGAGUUGAGUUUAUGAACAUUAUGUAGCGGCGGCGUCACACGGUAUAGUAUGGGUAUUGUACUAUAUAUGAUAACUUCCUUGCCUCGUAUAUUUAUUGGGACUUGGAAAUUUUGUUAUAUGUUAUGUUAUUUAUUAUUUUUAUUUUUUUUAUGUA